AGAGCGAUGAGCUCCGGGAGGAAUCGUAUAUGGCGAAUAAGCGGCGGAAAGCUGCAGCGGCGGCUGAUGAGAAGCUCCGGCUGCAGAGUCCUACGAGAAGGAGUAGUAGGCGGAAGGCUCAAGACGGAGAGAGCCCCAAAGGCAAAGUGGAGGAAAUAUGUUCAUACAAGACUCCAAAGAGAUCUUCUAGGGCCUGCCUGCCAACAUUCAGUUCUCCUGCUAAUGAAACUGACAUACCACAAGAGAUCUUCUGGGAUCCUCAGUCGCCAGUUGCAUAUAAAUUAGACGGUGGAAGAAAGAAGCAGACAGCUGGUCGAUCUACAGUUGAAAUUUCAGAAAUUGUUAAUAGGAUUGCUCCGCAGGAGGAAAAACCUUCCUGCUAUGAAGGAUCCCUUCUUGGGAUGUGGAUUGGCGACGAUGCUAUUCCAUGUACUCCUGGAACAGUAAAAGUGAGAUCUAGAACCAAAGUAAAUAACACAAGAGGUCUUCGGCUGAAAAACAAAGAGGAGGAGCUUAUGAAAUUGGCAAAACAGUUUGAUAAAAACCUGACGGAGGCCAUCCAGGAGCAAGAUGCUCCUUGCCAUAAUGCUACCCACCUUCCGUCAGAGGCAAAGCACCUCCUUGGAGAACAUCCUCAGGUUGACGUGUCCUUGCCUUUUGGAGGAGUUAAGGAGAAUGCUGAGACGGCUGAGCGCUGUGAAUGUAGCAGUCAGAAGCCCAUAGAUCUAGAGGCCGAAGUGGCACUGAAUGCCCUUUUUGAUUGCUCUCCCCAGAAAUGCAGUGGUGAGUUGAGCCAGGGUUCUUCAACCAGUGGCUUACAUAAUAGCCAAGAUGCUGUGCCAGUGGAAGAGCGCAUUUCAGAGGAAACAGCCGGAGGUUCCCAUGAAUCCGUGGCCACAGGCGCACCUCAAAGCCAUGGUUCAGCUCCUGCUUCAGACUGUAGGGGACUUACUACAGCUGGAAAAAGUAAAAUGGUGUUUGAACAAACCAUUCAAAGUGCAGUUAUUUCUAAGACAGAACCGCAAAGUGCAGUUAUUUCUAAGACAGAACUGGUUGUGUCCAGUAACAUUGUCAGCGAUGACUUUGAAGACUGGGGCGCUGACCUGCUGUCAGACGAUUCGUUUGUAAUGCAGAUCACUCAGAACCCGGAACUGAUACGUACUCCACAAAAUGCCUUCCCAGGUGCUUUUCAGGAAAGCUGUAAAAUAAAGGAAAGAACAGUAAAUUCGGACAGACAUAGCAGUGGUCCGUGUGCCUUUCCAAAAUCCUCUAACGAUGUUGCAACACUGCUCACAUUACAAAAGCAAAGCCAUGACUUAGGGGCAACAAAGUGUGCUCCUCCACAGAGCCGUGUCCCUUUAAAAAACAAUACAAUAAGCUCCAUUUCCGAAAGUGGCCAGAACAGAAUUUCUGGGUAUAAUUCCGUUCCAGUGAAACUCGAAAAUAAAAGUGUGACGGAAGGGUUUACUCGGCUUAAAAGUACAAGCGUCCCUGGAAAAGGAGCUGCCUCUGUUUCUGUGCAUCCAAACCUCCCUAAGCCUCUGAGGUCCAGAAGUAAUAUGCUGAGCAUUUACAGUAGACCCUCUUCUGUUUUUCCUAACCCCAAGCCUAAGGACUUGAACAUGGAGCCAGAACUGCAGCAGGUUUGCAUUCUUUGUGUAUAA